AUGUCAGAGAGGAAUCAAGUAAAGAAAGCGAUUGAAGAAUUUGAUUAUUUUUCUCAUUACGGAAAACAUGGCUCAUUAUCGAGUGCAGCAUUUUUUGUGCUCUGGGCAGCCUUCAAAAAGAAUGAUGAAUUAUUUCAGAAAGCAGUAGAAACCAUCAACGGAAGUAUAGAAAGUCGUCUGCAGCAAAUCUGCAUUUUGGGUUCUGUAUUUCUCAUGGAAGAACUUCAUAUACAGUUUGUGGAUUUUCUAAGGAAACAAAACUACAACAUAUCAACGGAAGACGUAGAAUUCAUAUGUAAUUUGACACGCAAAUGUAAAAAGCCCGCUAUUUUGGAAUCAUUUAUGAAUGCUCAUGAAUUAUUCAAAUUGACUGAUAAGUCACGAGCUCGAAUAUAUGGAAGUUUAAUCGAAAUUCAUGGGAAAGCGAACAAUUUGACCGGCUUGUUGAAAAUAUGGGAACAGGUAGUUGCGGAAAAAAACUUGAAUAAUUUCAGAGUUGUGAUUCUUAAACUUGGCCACUUCUACAAAUGCAACAAUUUUUCAGUUCCAACUGAUAUGCAAUAUUAUUUGAAACAGUACAGAGAAUAA